AUGAUGAAAUGUCCUUGUUUACGUAAACAAAAGGGUUAUGUGUGCAGGUUAGGGUUGUAGUGGUUUCACUGCAUUUGGAGAGCUGUGAAAAUGUGCACUUCCUCACUAGCUAAUCCACUGUCGGAGUUCGGGUCUUUGCAGGGGUCACCGAGCCGGGCUGGCGCGGUAGGUGGUGCUUCGGGUUUGUAGACUAAUGGUGGGGACUUCGGUCCUCACUUGGGUCAUCACGACUAUUUUGCUCCUUGCUACUACAAUAUUUGACUGUUUCUUUGGGUCACGGGCCCAGACCUCAGGAGGAAGAGGCGGGACCAGGCCUGGUUCGGACAUUCUGGGUGUCCGGGGGUCGCAGAGGAGUGUAUUGGCCCCGGGCGGUGUUUCCUGCAGGGGCGAGGCCAGGUGCCACUCUGCCCCGUCUGGGGCGGAGCCGCGCCUGCGCGUGCGCAGAGCGCGGCGCGCGGCGUCCGGCGGUCAGUCGGCCGGGCAUGGCGGUGUGCGCUCGCCUCUGUGGCGUGGGCCCGUCGCGCGGAUGCCGGCGCCGCCAGCAGCGCCGGGAUCCGGCCGAGACGGCGCCAGCCGACAGCGAGCCGGACACGGACCCCGAAGAGGAGCGCAUCGAGGCGGCCGAGGCGACGCAGGCCGGGGCGGGGGGCGGCCCGUGCGCGGGCCCCUCGCCGUCGCCCCCGCGCUGCUCGCUGCUGGAGCUGCCGCCCGAGCUGCUGGUGGAGAUCUUCGCUUCGCUGCCCGGCACCGACCUGCCCAGCCUGGCCCAGGUCUGCACCAAGUUCCGGCGCAUCCUCCACACCGACACCAUCUGGAGGAGGCGCUGCCGGGAGGAGUACGGUGUUUGUGAAAACUUACGGAAACUGGAGAUCACAGGCGUGUCUUGCCGGGACGUCUAUGCGAAGCGUAUAAACCCUCGCGUGAAGUCGGGACGUUUUGUGAGACUCCUCCCUGACUAUGAGCACAUGGAGUACAGAGAUGUGUACACCUGCCUGCUGCACCGGUACAGACAUAUUCUGGGAUUGUGGCAGCCGGACAUUGGGCCUUAUGGAGGACUGCUGAACGUGGUGGUGGAUGGCCUGUUCAUCAUCGGCUGGAUGUACCUGCCCCCCCACGACCCACACGUGGAUGACCCCAUGAGAUUCAAGCCUCUCUUCAGAAUCCACUUGCUGGAGCGGAAGUCUGCCACAGUGGAGUGCAUGUAUGGCCACAAAGGGCCCCACAACGGCCACAUCCAGAUUGUGAAGAAGGACGAGUUCUCCACCAAGUGCAACCAGACGGACCACCACAGGAUGUCUGGUGGGAGGCAGGAGGAAUUCCGGACGUGGCUGCGAGAGGAAUGGGGGCGCACACUGGAGGACAUCUUCCACGAGCACAUGCAGGAGCUGAUCCUGAUGAAGUUCAUCUACACCAGCCAGUACGACAACUGCCUGACCUACCGCCGCAUCUACCUGCCGCCCCCCGGACCUGACGACCUCAUCAAGCCUGGCCUCUUCAAGGGUACCUACGGCAGCCACGGUCUGGAGAUUGUCAUGCUCAGCUUCCACGGCUGGCGUGCCAGGGGCACCAAGAUCACAGGGGACCCUAACAUCCCCGCUGGGCAGCAGACGGUGGAGAUCGACCUGAGGCACCGGAUCCAGCUGCCUGAAGCCGAGAGUCUGCGGGACUUCAAUGAGCUCUCACGCAUCGUCCUGGAGGUCCGCGAGCGGUUGCGCCAGGAACAGCAGGAGGAUGGGCGAGAGGCAGGCGGGAGCCGGGGCCAGCAGGGCUCCAGGGAGUUCCAGCCACCCAGCAGGGGGCUGGGUGGGGUACCUGCCGAGGACAGUGGGAAGUCUGCGGACGUGGCAGCUGCCGCUGAGCAACCUGUCCAGUCUGGGCCAGGGCAGCCAUUUGUGCUGCCGGCCGGUGUGAGCUCCAGGAAUGAGGACUAUCCCCGCACCUGCAGGAUGUGCUUCUAUGGCACCGGCCUCAUCGCUGGCCACGGCUUCACCAGUCCCGAGCGCACCCCCGGGGUCUUCAUCCUCUUUGAUGAGGACCGCUUCGGCUUCCUCUGGCUGGAGCUAAAAUCCUUCAGCCUGUACAGUCGGGUCCAGGUGACCUUCCGGAACGCGGACGCACCCUCCCCCCAGGCCUUUGAUGAGAUGCUCAAGAACCUUCAGGCCCUCACCUCCUGACCCACCCUGUGCGGCUUUGGGCUCUGACCUGUGAAUGAAGCAGCAUGCACUUCCCGAGUCCCGCUUCUCAGCAGGACGCACGCCUUCUCCCGGGGCCCACCCCAGCCACCCGGACACUUUACACAGAGCGCGUGACAGAGACAUUUUUGUCAGAACCGCGAUGGGAAAGCUGAGCAUGUCUUACUAAAACAAACAAACAGAAAAAAAACAAAGAUGAGCCAGAAUAACAGGGAUCCAGAGGGACAGCUGCAGGCACUGACGGCUGAGGUGUCCUCAGCUCUCCAGCGGUUUCCAGGGAAAAACAUGAUCUUCCUUCAAAGAGCCCUUUUCCUGACAAUGGCUAAAGUGAGUUGUGUGGGCACGUGUUGCCCCGCCCUGUCCCCUUUGGAUGGAGCCAGCAGAAGUGACCCUUCUGGUCAGGACAAGGGUGGUCAGGACAAGGGUGAAUGGUUCAGCCUGGGGAGGUGGCCUGGGACAGUGCUGAGCAGGGGAUCCCAGAAGAUGGUGGAGGAGCAGGCUGGGGUUGGGCCCCAAGAUUGAACUCCACUUCUCUGCUGACCCGCUUCCAUCUGGGCAAAAGCAUUUCACCCUAACCCCAGUUUCCCUGUCAGUGAGAUGGAGUUGGCGACAUGGGUCACUAGCGUCUGUCACUGCACAGGCAGACCUGUGUGCCUGCCCCAUCAGGCUCUCUGCUUAAAACCAAGCAGGGAGUGGCCACUUGACGGCCCCUAGUGGCCUGUUCCAUAUAGGACAUUUGCCUUGUCCUUUCUUUCUUCCUGACACAGGCUGCAGUGUCAGGACACAAGUCUGCUGGGGCGCGGGUCUGCAGGGUCCCUGCAUCUGUGUUAUCUGAGUGCAUCACAGGUGCAAUUCUUGGAAGCGUUAAUGUGCCAGAAAUGGCCACACCAGAUGUGGAAGCCCCUUUGCAGGCGAGAGGGCAGCUUUCUUGAAGAGCCGUGCCUGCAUGGGGGACACACAUUGGAAGCUGGGCCUGUUGGGACCCUCCAGCUCAGAUACCCUGGGUGCUCCUGCUGCUGACACCUGCCCCUUGUAACACCUGCAUUUGGGGACCCUGCCAGGGAUUUUAGUGAUGCCAGUGUCAGCUGAAGAGCAGUGACCAGGGGGUGUGGAGCUGGCUGCAACCCCAUGUGGACUCCUGGGCGUGCUUCCCUCUGCCGCUCCUCCUGGGCUGGGUGCCCUGGACUCGAGGGAUCCCCCAGAAGUGACAGUCUCGUGGUGCCUUUGUACAGAAACCGGCCUAAGGAUGUCCCAUGAAGUGUUUUCCUGAUUAAUCUCUCCCUGACUGGCCUUUUAAAAUAAAAGUUCCCAUUGCCCUAG